ACAUGUUCGCAGUUUGAACCUUCAGCAAUUUUCAUCAGCCGAAGAUGGACCCUAAAAAGCUUGGAGAUUUUGCUGGCAGAUUGAAAUCUGGUGGCAAGGGCAUGGGCGCAGGGCUUGGCUUAUUAGCUGUGGCAGGGGGUCUUGUGUACGGGGCGUCGCAAGCGUUUUAUACAGUGGAUGGAGGUCACCGUGCCAUCAUCUUCAGUCGAAUCGGCGGUGUUCAGGAAGAUAUUUACCAUGAAGGGCUUCACUUCAGAAUUCCGUGGUUCCAGUAUCCAAUCAUCUACGACAUCCGAUCUCGUCCACGUAAAAUAACGUCACCUACGGGAAGCAAAGACUUGCAGAUGAUCAACAUAUCCUUGAGAGUUCUCUCCAGACCCGACCAGCAGUUUCUGCCACGAUUAUACCAACAGUUUGGAACCGACUACGACGACCGAGUCUUGCCUUCCAUUUGCAAUGAGGUUCUGAAGGGCGUGGUGGCCAAGUUCAACGCAUCUCAGUUGAUAACGCAGAGACAGCAGGUCAGUUUGUUGAUUCGCCGGCAGCUCAUUGAGCGCGCCAAGGACUUCUAUAUCCUCCUAGACGAUGUCUCCAUCACCGAGCUCAGCUUCGGCAAGGAAUACACGGCGGCCGUGGAGGCCAAACAGGUAGCCCAGCAGGAGGCCCAGCGAGCUCAGUUUAUUGUGGAGAAGGCCAUACAGGAAAGACAGCAGAAGAUCGUCCAGGCGGAGGGAGAGGCGGAAGCUGCUGUUCUGAUCGGUAAAGCUGUGAGUGCUAACCCGGGAUAUCUCAAGCUGAGGAAAAUCCGAGCUGCACAGAACAUUGCCAGAACAAUUGCCCAAUCUCAGAACCGUGUGUAUCUAAACGCUGGUUCAUUGAUGCUGAAUAUUGCCGAAGCUGAAUUCGACGAAGCAGCCGACUUGGUUGCUAAAAAGAAAUGAUGACCGCUCUAACUUGGUGUGUUAUGUUAUAGUGUGCUGACAUUUGUAUUAGUCGAACAUUUCCAGGUUCAUCAAAGACAUGAUCAACUUGUGUACAGUUGUUACGACAAAUCACAAACAAAUGUGGUAGCCUUCAGGUGGACUGGGGACAUGUUUAGUGUGUGACUGUGGAUCAUUAUAUGAAUUUUUCGUUUUUAAUACCCAAGUAAUAUAUAUAUAUAUAUUGGCUGUGUUGUGAGGUAGUGGUUUUGGCAGAUGUUGGGGAUGGGUUAAAUACCUGGGGCCUAAUUCACCAAGCUCUCUUAGGCUCUGCUACACAACAAAGCAUCCUCUUUGCAAGUCUUUUAGCAUUGCACGGCGAGAUGGCAAAGUUGCCAGAGUUAAGUGAAUUGGGUCCCUGGUUCUACAUCAAAAUACGUCACAUUUUAAAGACGCAGACCCUAGUUUUGACACAUUAAAAUACGUCACAUUUUAAAGACGCAGACCCUAGUUUCGACACAUUAAAAUACGUAACAUUUUAAAGACGCAGACCCUAGUUUCGACACAUUAAAAUACGUCACAUUUUAAAGACGCAGACCCUAGUUUCGACACAUUAAAAUACGUAACAUUUUAAAGACGCAGACCCUAGUUUCGACACAUUAAAAUACGUAACAUUUUAAAGACGCAGACCCUAGUUUAAACACAUUAAAAUACGCCACAUUUUAAAGACGCAGACCCUAGUUUCGACACAUUAAAAUGGACACUAAGUUUGUAUCAUCUACAAACUUGUAACACAUUUGAAUAAAGUUACAACAGUGAGUUUGAGAUGUUGAAAUUGGGAAAUAACCUCAGAUAUUAGAUUAGAGAUCGUCUCCAUAACUGUUACUUCUCAGGGGUAUGUGUGUUUUUAAAAAAAUUAUGAAAAAUGCAUUUUGUGCUGUUAGAAACUGCAGGAUAACCAGAAACAUUUUGGAUUUACGAAAAUUAAUAAUUUAAACAAUAAAACCUUAAGUAAUAUCUGAUUACAAUGAUGAAAAACGGCUCUAGUUGUGAAAAAAUAUGCCAUAGUUUUGAAAAAACUAGGGUGUGUCGCUUUAAAAAACCAUUCGCAAUUUAUUAACAUUUUCACAAGGGUACUAAAAGUGUUGAUUCUUGUUACAGUACUACCCCCCUUCAAGAAAUAGAACACCAGAAAUGUGCAUUUUGCAAGAACUACUUUUGUCGGCUUUUUCGUCACAGUUUGUACACUUAAUCAAAAUGUUAACAAUUGAGGGCGUCCUCUAAAUUGAUACAUUAAAAAACCCCAAAACAUUUUGCACACUGAUUUCAUAGAGUGAAUCUUUUCAUCCAUUCAUAACAUAACACGUACAUGUGCUAACAACCCAUGUGUUAACAACCCAUGUGCUAACAACCCAUGUGCUAACAACCCAUGUAUGGUGUUCUCACCAACGGGUGUGUAAGAAAUUGUUUUUCUUUUGCAUUCUGACUAUUACAGCAUUUAAAAGAGCAACAUUGUACAUCUGUGAAUUACAUACAUUACAUAAUUACUUAAAAUAACAAGUGGCUAACAACUCCCAAAACAUGUUGAAAUAACUGGAUAUAAAACAUGGUUUGUUGAAAAGCUAGGUUACACAUUUAUACGGUAACCUUUAUGGAAAUUUUGAUAAAUAUAUUUUGAUAAUUAAAUAUUUAUACAUUUAUUUUAGUCAUCUUAGUUGCUCCGUGUUUUUAAUGUAAUGUAACGAAAAUAAAUAACUAAAUGGUGCUUCUUAAUUUUGUAAACGUGCUUGGGAGCACCUAGGAUUUUCGUUCAGCAUUCAGCUUUGCUAUAAACACUUGGUUCUAUCUUUAGCCAAUGUAGAUGUUUUUUCUAUAGUUAGAAGUUGUUAAUGUCUAGUACUACAGUGAACCUCCUUAAAACCGGACACGCUUGGGACCAAGUAAAUAAUCCGGUUUUAAGAGGUAUCUGGUUUCCAGAGGUUCUCUUCUGAACAGAUAUUUAAAAAGGGACCAUAUAAAAACCGUCCGGUAGUGAAGGAAUUCCGAUUAACAGAGGGUCCGGUUUUGAGAUGCUUCAGUGGAGACGCAUACCAGAAAUAUUGUCUAUGGUGCCAAAUACUUUAAUAAAACUUGCAUCACAGCUGGUAUCUAGAUCACAACACCCCUGGUACUAUAAGUCAUAGGAUCAAUCCCCUUUGGUACCCUCAUCAUCCCACCCCACCCCAUCUCCACCAGUGCUCCACAACUGGUACAUCAAAUGCUGUGGUAUGUGCUGUACUGUCUGUAGGAAAGUGCAUAUAAAAUAUCCUUUGAUUCAAUAUGGUAUGAGUAGCUUAUAUGGGUGUAUAAUGUUUCCUGACAUUAUACCAAAUGUUUAAAAUAUCCAUAUAUUAACACCUAACAGCCUUGCUUUAAAAUGUGCUGAGGUGUGACUAAAGGUGUGUUAUUCCAUAAGAACUGAAUUUCAGAAUUACAUUUCUUUUUGUAGAGGUCUAUGUCUUGAUAGAGAGUAGUUAUAUUAUUUGUUUUUGUUGUGUAGAUAGUAACAUUUUAAAAUACUGAGGCUACUACAGUUUUUGAUAAUGAUAUUGUACCAUUGAAUGGUAAAUUAAGUGUGUAGAUAGUGUUGUAUGGACGUAAUCAUGAGAUGGCAUUACUUGGGUAAUUAAAAGAGUACACUAAUCCAUUAACUAAAAACAAAAAGGCAUUAUGGUAUACCGGUAGUGCUGGCAUGGCAUUCUGUGCACAGUAUUCCAAUGUAUAUAUGUCUUUCAUUGCUUUCUCUGGAACAAUAAAUACAGUUAACAUGA